AUGGGCUUCCAGGCGGUGGAGUACCCAGCUGGGUCGCCUCCUGUUUUUGAAGACCUCUCUGGAAAUACAUGGGAGCCUCUAUUUCACCAUGAUUGUGCCUUUGGCCGGGAUAAUUUCCUAGAAGUCAUGAUGAACAUGAUACGCAAUCCCAAUGUCAACUCAUCCUGGUUAUUCAGAGCCGACAUUCUGUAUGAGGACGGACCUGGAGGAACAGAGCCGUCUGAAAAUGAUGCUGUUAAUCGACCCCAAAUCAUUAACUUCAAGGACUUUACAUUGGAAAAAACUCUGGUUCGGAGGCUGAUACCCAGAAACACCCAGAGAGACCAGCCCUUGGAUCAGACAUGCAUGGUCUAUCAUGGCGGUCGAUCAGGUGAGACGGAAAUGACGUUGGUGGCAUAUAACCCACAUUACUCUUCUGCCUCUGAGGUCCCUUUCUAUCACCCCAAGGUGCAAGGCUUGGCCUUUCUUCACGAAUGGGAUUUUAGCACCAAUCAGGGUGUCAUAUCUCUUCAUUACCACUUCUUUGAUCUUGAAGAGCGUGACCCAAAGCUGGCCAGAACCGCCUUGAGCUUGCUCACAGUGCUGUAUAAGCACGGGCAAGGUAAAGUGACGGGAUAUGUGAAGCGUGUGCAUCAUGAUACUAUCAUUCCACAGAUCCCUGUGCAGACUACUUACGCCAGGCUGAAGCAGAAAUACGCGAGAAAGCUUAUCGAGUCCUGGGCAGAGGUGACGGAUCCCGCAAAGCACGUUUUCGAAGACUUUGGCAUCGCAGCAUUUCUGAUCGAGUUGUGGGCCGAAAUGUACCGUGGAGAAUCGUUUCCUGGAUUCAUCGAUAUCGGCUGUGGCAACGGUCUCUUGGUGCAUAUUCUUCGUCAAGAGGGUUAUCAAGGUUGGGGGUUCGAUGCCAGGAAACGCAAGUCAUGGCAGCAGUACGGUUCUGAGACCGACGGGACUUCCGGCCUGAAGGGCCAUCCUAGCUUGAGGGAGCACGUUCUGCUGCCCCAUUUUGUUCAGCAAGAGCCGAAUGAGACAGAUCCUGAGGAAAAUGAUGGCAGCUUGCUUCAUGAUGGCAAAUUUCCCGGGGGCACUUUCAUCAUUUCCAACCAUGCAGAUGAGCUGACGCCUUGGACGCCUAUCCUCGCGACAGCAUCCAAAUGUCCAUUCAUCAUGAUACCAUGUUGCAGCCACAACUUGACAGGCGCAAAAUAUCGAGCACCGGCACCCAAGCAGCAGAAUAAGUCACAGUCAGCAUACGCUUCCCUCGUCGAUUGGGUAUCACAAAUAGCCACCGACUGCGGCUGGGAAGUCGAGACUGAGAUGCUGAGAAUACCAAGUACAAGAAACACCGGUCUCAUUGGUAGAAGAAGGAAACAAGACUACGAGGCGAUUGACCUCGAUGGCGUUAUGGAGAAAUAUGGUGGCACCCACGGCUAUGUGGACAAUGUGAUGAAGCUAGUAAAGCAGAAACCGAGAAGCCACUGA